CGCCGCCCCGCACGCAUCAAUUGCACGAGCGCACACACACACCGCGUUCACGAUGCUCGCACGACACGCUCCCGCAACGUCGGCCCUUGCCGCGGCCGCCCACCGCGCGCUGCCCGCAGCCACCGCAGCUACACGCCUUUCGACCGCCGCCGCCCCGUCACAGCAGCAGAAGCGGUCCCUGGCCACAGUGAACGAUGCCGCACCCAAGAGGACAUACGGUGGCCUCAAGGACCAGGACCGCAUCUUCCAAAACCUAUACGGCCACCACGGAGCCGAUUUGAAGAGCGCGAUGAAGUACGGAGACUGGCACAAGACGAAGGAGAUCCUCCUAAAGGGCGAUGACUGGAUCAUCUCUGAGAUCAAGGCAUCUGGUCUGCGUGGCCGAGGUGGUGCUGGUUUCCCCUCUGGUCUGAAAUGGUCGUUCAUGAACGCCAAGGGUUGGGAGAACGACACCAAGCCCCGCUACCUCGUCGUCAAUGCCGAUGAGGGCGAGCCCGGAACCUGCAAGGACCGCGAGAUUAUGCGCAAGGACCCCCACAAGCUCAUUGAGGGCUGUCUCGUUGCUGGACGUGCCAUGAACGCUACUGCCGCCUACAUUUACAUUCGUGGAGAGUUUUACCACGAGGCUACCGUUCUCGAGCGCGCCAUUCAGGAAGCAUACCAGGCCGGUCUCAUCGGCAAGAACGCCUGCGGCUCUGGCUACGACUUUGACGUCUACGUCCACCGUGGUAUGGGUGCCUACGUUUGCGGUGAGGAGACCUCCCUCAUUGAGUCGCUCGAGGGCAAGCCCGGAAAGCCCCGUCUUAAGCCCCCGUUCCCCGCUGCCGUUGGUCUGUUCGGAUGCCCUUCGACUGUCGCCAACGUUGAGACUGUUGCCGUUGCGCCCACCAUUUGCCGACGAGGAGGCAGCUGGUUCGCCAGCUUCGGUCGUGAGCGCAAUGCUGGAACCAAGCUUUUCGCCAUAUCCGGCCACGUCAACAACCCCUGCACUGUCGAGGAGGAGAUGUCUAUCCCUCUCCGUGAGUUGAUCGACCGCCACUGCGGUGGUGUCAAGGGCGGCUGGGACAACCUCCUCGCCGUUAUUCCCGGUGGUUCCUCAACACCCGUCCUCCCCAAGCACAUCUGCGACGAUCAACUCAUGGACUUCGACGCUCUUAAGGACGCACAAUCUGGUUUUGGUACCGCCGCCGUUAUCGUCAUGGACAAGUCGACUGACAUUGUCCGUGCCAUCACCCGUCUCGCCAAGUUCUACCACCACGAGUCUUGCGGACAGUGCACACCCUGCCGUGAGGGCUCCAAGUGGACUCACCAGAUCAUGGACCGCUUCUACAAGGGCCAGGCUCGCGAGCGUGAAAUUGACAUGCUCCAGGAGCUGACCAAGCAGGUUGAGGGCCACACUAUCUGCGCGCUGGGUGAGGCAUUUGCCUGGCCGCUGCAGGGUCUCAUCAGGCAUUUCAGGCCUGAGCUUGAGGCCAGGAUAAAGGAUUACGGAUUGAAGAACGGUGGUGAGGCACUGGCUGGUGGUUGGGCACAUGACGCUGGUAAGAGGGGACAGCUCGUCUCGCCAGGCCAGUAAGCAGGUCGAGGAUUCAGGAUUGAAGGAGAUCAAGAUGAGAGUAAGAGUCUUGUACAAUGCAUGUUCCGUUUGUUUGAGCUUUUCUUUGGGCGGCUGUAUAUAGUUUCUCAGCAAAUCUGAAUUCAAACUAUC